AUGUCAGCACUCUCAGCAACCGAAGCGAGAAACAGGCGCAAGACCAUUAAGGCUAUGAACGAAGCAAAAAAAUUGCAUAAUUUAUGGGAUCAAUACGAUGAGAUACAAACGCGUAUUGAAACAUUAGAUCUCGCGAGUAAUGGAGAUAGAGACGAAGCCGCUUUGCAUAAGCAUCACAGUGACGAACGUGCUAAUUUUGAAACAACGUAUUUUAAUCUCGUAGCUUGUCUAGAAGCAAAUAUUCAUAAUUUGGAACGCCGUGAAAAUCGGGAGAACGCCGAACCUCAGAAUUCUGUCGCACAACUUCACAAUAAUUCUAUGUCGUCUCAACUUCGCUUACCAAAAAUUGAAUUACCAUCCUUCACAGGAAAUUCUGAGGAUUGGUAUACCUUUUACGACUCAUUUGAGAAAUUGAUCAAUUCUAAUCCACAUCUUUCUGAAAUCCAGAAAUUCCAUUAUUUGAGAUCGUCUCUUAAGGGUGAGGCUGCUGAGGUCAUAAAGGCAUUCGAAAUCACAAUCGAAAAUUACAAGGAGGCAUGGGAACUACUGAUUGAACGAUAUGACAAUCGGCGACGCAUCGUUCAAGGUCAUAUCAAAUCGCUGUUCGAUUUACCAGUUAUGUCUAAGGAAAAUCAUUCGCAAUUGCGUGUCUUACUCGAUGGGGUUUGCAAGCACUUACGUGCGCUCAGAGCGUUGGAAAGGCCUGUCGAACAGUGGGACGAUCUUAUUAUUUAUUUGGUCACUUCCAAAUUGGAUGCAGCCACAAAAAAGGAGUGGGAAAUCAGUCGUUCGGACUCUUCAAUUCCCACUUUCAAACAGCUCAAGGAUUUUCUUCUUCAAAGAUGUCUGGCUUUAGAAGCUAUUGUAAGCAAGUCUACUAGCACGUCCAUUACAGGUAAUAAUGUUGCAUUGCCAAAGACAAAAAGGACAGUGGCAAAUGCAGCCACAGCAAAUCUUGCAUGCGAAUGUUGUAAAGAGAAUCACUUCAUUUAUCAAUGUAACUCGUUCAAAAAAUUGUCUGUAGACAAGCGUUUUAAAAUCGUAAAAAAUUCACGUUUAUGCAUCAAUUGUCUAAAAACUAACAAGCAUCAAGCCAAAACUUGUCCUUCUUCGUCUUGUCGCAAGUGUCAAAAGACGCACAACACUCUGUUGCAUUCUGAAUCAAAUACAGAACCAGAGAUCAAUCAAAAUGUAUCUUCAGAUGACAAGGAAAUGUCUAUUCCUGUAGUCACACAAUGUUCGUUACAAAAUCCCUCGAAAAUACUUCUAUCUACCGCAAUAAUACACGUAGAAGAUUCAAGGGGCAAGGCUCAUGCCUGCCGAGCAUUAUUAGAUAGCGGCUCGCAGCUAAAUUUUGUAACUGAGGAUUUCGCCAAAAGGUUGCGCUUGAAUAAACAAUUCAUAAAUAUGCCAAUUUCGGGCAUUGCACAGGGUAGUAUCAAUGCAAAAAAUUCAAUCAAUUUAACAAUACAGUCUCGAUUUAAUAGAUAUCGAGAUCGAUUAAAUUGCAUUAUCUUGCCGAACAUAACUCAAAAAUUGCCACAAGACUUUAUUCAUCUUUCGCGAUUCAAAAUCCCUCCGAAUAUUCAAUUAGCAGAUCCUAAUUUUAACGUACCUAAUGACAUUGAUCUCUUGAUAGGAGCCGAGGUAUUUUGGCAACUCUUAUCCAUAGGCCAUAUUAAGGCGUGUCAGGAUCAUCCUACAAUCCAAAAAACGAAACUUGGUUGGAUUCUUUCGGGUCAUAUCGUUGACCCUCUCGUUCAGAGAAAAGGAAAGGCUGCUCUUUGUCAUGUAAGUACAAUUGACGAUCUUAACAAGGCCAUCUCCAAAUUUUGGCAAGUAGAAGACAAUUAUCGUCAUAACACAAAUGUCUUUUCACCUGAGGAGCUCGCUUGUGAGACACUUUUUCAGGAAAGCACUCUGCGAAAUGAUGAGGGUAGGUUCAUCGUCAAACUUCCCAUCAGAAAUGAUAUAAUCUCGCAAGUAGGCGAAUCCAGAGAAAUUGCAGAACGUAGAUUUUUCGCAUUGGAAAGACGAUUAUCGAAACAACCUGAUAUUUAUGAGGAGUAUCGUAGAUUUAUGCGUGAAUAUCAGGACCUUAAUCACAUGAAUCCGAUUGAAGUAACAGCAGAGCAUGAUAACAAUAUUCAAUAUUAUUUGCCUCAUCACGCAGUUCUGAACAAUACAAGCACCACAACCAAGCUGCGUGUUGUCUUUGACGCCUCGUGCAAAUCUAAGUCGGGAAAGUCAUUAAAUGACGCUUUGCUUGUUGGUCCUACCAUCCAACAGGAUUUAUUCUCAAUCUUAUCUCGUUUUCGUACAUUUCGCUUUGCAAUGACAGCCGACAUUGCAAAGAUGUAUAGACAAGUUCUUGUUGAUCCAUCUCAGCGAUGCCUUCAACGUAUUUUUUGGCGUGAUACUCCACAGCAUAAGUUGAAAACGUUCGAACUCGCCACUAUAACAUAUGGCACAGCUUCAGCAUCAUUCUUAGCUAUACGCUGUUUACAAGAACUCGCACAAGAGGGUUCGACUUUAUUUCCAAUAGGAUCAAAAAUCAUUUUGAGAGAUUUUUAUGUUGAUGAUAUGCUCACUGGUGCUUCCACUCUAAAUGAGGCUUUACAUAUCAAGGAGCAAACAAUGGCCUUACUUCAAAAAGGUGGCUUCAAAUUAAGAAAGUGGUUCUCGAAUAAUUCUCUACUGCAAGACGAGUGUCUUGCAAUUGACAAGGAAAUUGAUGCGGGAAAUGAAUGUGAUAAAACUCGUGCCUUAGGAGUGUUUUGGAAUUGCAAACGAGACACUUUCAACUUUGUAAAUUCUAAUAAUUAUCAAUCAUCAAUAAAGCCAACCAAACGAAACAUUUUAGCGAGAAUUGCAUCAAUCUUUGAUCCCUUGGGAUUUUUAGGCCCUGUAAUAGUAGUUGGAAAGCUUAUCAUGCAGGAAUUAUGGUUGCUAAAAAUCGAUUGGGAUGAAUCAAUUCCCAUGGAUCUUAUCACGAAAUGGCAAGAUUAUGAGCAGCAAUUAAAAUGCUUAAGCAAUAUUGAAAUACCCCGCAAGAUAACAGUUGAUGAGCCAAAACUUCUUGAAAUACAUGGUUUUGCCGAUGCCAGUCAGCAAGCCUACGGGGCAUGCGUAUAUCUACGCUCUUUAUCUCCUAACGGUGAGUUUAAGGCUCAUAUGAUCGCAUCCAAAUCUCGUGUGUCUCCGGUUAAGAGUAUCUCAAUCCCGCGUUUAGAGCUCUGCGGAGCACUUUUGCUUGCUCAGCUAAUCGACAAAUUACAUAGAUGUUUAGAUCUCGAAAUCAAGGCUACAUACUAUUGGACUGACUCUAGUAUCGUUCUGCACUGGCUAAGAGGAGUUAGUCGUAACUGGACAACCUUUGUCGCCAAUCGCGUAGGCGAAAUUCAAUCGCUGUCAUUGAUUGAGAAUUGGCGGCAUGUAUCGAGUAAGGAGAACCCAGCAGACUUACUUUCGAGGGGCGUUAUGCCCGAACUGUUAGCACAAUCAACGACUUGGUGGCACGGGCCUGAGUGGUUGGAAGGUAUGGACUCUGGAUGGCCUGUUUCUGUCAUAGACGCGCCAAACGAUAUCCCGGAAAAAAGGGGAUCUAGCAAAUCUUGUUCCUCUUUCAUCGUCACUUUGGAAUCAAAAUUCGAUAUAUUUGAGAAAUAUUCAAGCUAUAAAAAACUCAUAAGAAUCUUUGCAUUCUGCUUGCGAUUUAUCAAUGCAAUCAAACAUAAGCAAGAUAAAUUCAAUCAUAAGUGUUCAAACGAUAACUUGAUUAAACAAGUACCACCAUGUUCCAGUGAAGAGUUAGAAAACGCCAAAUUGGCUCUCGUUAAAAUGGUGCAAAGGAGUUCGUUCAAAAGGGAGAUUGACGAUAUCUCUAAAUUCGGUGUCGUAAACAGGAAAAGCUCGGUAUUAAAGUUAAAUCCUUAUCUAGACGCGAAUGGAAUUCUGAGGGUUGGUGGUCGUCUGAAGCACUCAAAAUUAUCAUAUGAUGCAAAACAUCCUAUUUUAAUACCCGGUCGUCAUAGCUUUACCCGGCUAAUUGUAAUUCAUGAACAUACCCGAUUGCUUCAUGCUGGGGCUCAAAUGACUCUGUCCGCGAUUCGACAAAAUUUUUGGCCAUGCAUUGGGCGUAGUGUCGUGCGUAAUAUUAUAAGUAAAUGCGUAAUCUGCUUCCGUAAUGUUCCCAAGUUAUCCAAUACCCUAAUGGGAGAUUUACCUGAAUCUCGCGUUAGUGUCUUCAAGAGACCCUUUGAAAAAUGCGGAGUCGACUAUGCAGGUCCGAUGUAUUAUAAGGAAGGACAGCGUAAAAAUUCGCGAUUAGUCAAAUGUUUCAUUUCUAUAUUUGUAUGUUUUGCGACAAAGGCUGUACAUAUAGAAUUAGUUGGCGACCUUACUACGGAGACUUUUUUGAAUGCGCUGAAACGAUUUAUUUCCCGAAGAGGUCGACCAAGUGACAUUUACUCUGAUAAUGGCUUGAAUUUCGUCGGUGCUGAGCAUCAGCUUAGCGAACUGUACGACAUUCUCAAUGAUGAUAAGUCAAGAAGAAAAAUAAUUGAAAAUACAAGCGGUGAACGUAUAAACUGGCAUUUCAUUCCACCGAGGGCCCCACACAUGGGAGGGCUUUGGGAAGCAGCAGUAAAGGCCGCAAAAUUUCAUAUCAAACGCAUUAUCGGAGGGGCUUCAUUGCGCUACGAUGAAUUCUUGACACUAUUAGUACAGAUUGAGGCCAUUCUCAACUCGAGACCGCUUACUCCAUUAUCAGCGGAUCCAAACGAUCUGUCAGUUCUCACAGCAGCGCAUUUUUUGAUAGGUUGCCCUAUCACGUCGUAUCCAGAAGCAAGUCUGGAAGGAUUAAAUGAGAAUCGAUUAACAAGAUGGCAACGCGUCGAACAAUUACGCCAACAUUUUUGGAGGCGAUGGACCAAAGAAUAUUUACAUAAUUGUCAGCAACGGAGCAAGUGGAACACGGUUGGAAUUCCUGUGACAGUAGGACAAUUGGUAAUAGUGCAAGAAGACAAUUUGCCUCCGUUAGUCUGGGCUUUAGGUCGUAUUGAAGAAACUUGUCCAGGAGAUGAUGGAAUAGUGCGCGCAGCAUUAGUGCGUACCGCUAAGG